CCCGAGGCCGAGGGAGGGCAGGUAACUCCCGUCCCCCUCCCCUCCCCUCCCCUCCCCCAGUUUUUACCCCCAAAUCCAUACUCUUUUUUUCCUUCCACGCGCAAAUCCGCCUCCGCUUUCCCCCAUUUUCCUGCGUAUUUUAUUGAAGUCUCGAUUUCCUCGAUUAUAGUUUUUCAAGCGCGGAGGUGGUUCACGUACAACCGCCGCUAACCGCGCGCGCGCGCUGCCCGGAGCGACGACGCGCGGCGCGGCCGAGGCGAGCGCAGCGCGUCCGAUUCGGCGAGCCUAGGGUUUCGCCGCGAGAUGGACGGCCGGGAUCAGCAGCAGCAGACGCCUCCUCCGCCGCCGCAGACGCCGACGCCGACGCCGCGCGUGAGCUCGCCGCCGCCGGUGGCCCCCGGCGUCAUGAUGCCGCAGCACGCCUACGGCGCGAUGCCGCCGGGCUCCGCGAACGUCAUGCACGGGAUGCCGAUGGCGUUCAACCCCAUGGCGUCGCCCGGCGCCUCGUCGCCGGUAAUGAAGCCCGCGGACAUGCCGCUCGCCUUCAACCCCAUGGCGUCGCCCGGCGCCUCUUCGCCGGCAAUGAAGCCCGCGGACAUGCCGCUGGCCAUGUACCGGCCCGAUUCCGCCGCCCCGCCGGGCAUGCCGCAGCCCGUCAGCGGCGCCCUGGUGGUCAGCGUCAGCGGCAGCGGCAGCGGCGGGGAGCUCGUGAAGAAGAAGAGGGGGCGGCCGAGGAAGUACGGGCCGGACGGGACCCUCGGCUCGGCUGUGAAGGCCGAGGCGGGCGGGCAGUCUGGUGGCGCGGGGUCCAACUCGAAUCCUGACGGCAAGCGCAGAGGACGCCCCCCUGGAUCUGGCAAAAAGAAACAGCUCGAUGCCUUAGGUUCAGCUGGGACAUCAUUUACUCCUCACAUAAUAACUGUGAAGCCUAAUGAGGAUGUUGCCUCGAAAAUAAUGUCUUUUUCACAACAAGGCCCACGUACUACAUGUAUAAUCUCAGCAAACGGUGCGCUGUGCACAGCAACACUCCGUCAACCAGCAACCUCUGGUGGCAUAGUGACAUAUGAGGGCCACUUUGAUAUUCUCUCUCUGUCGGGCUCCUUUCUGCUCGCAGAGGAUGGUGACACUCGCAGCAGGACAGGUGGUUUGAGUGUUGCUCUGGCUGGAAGCGAUGGACGUGUUGUAGGAGGUUGUGUUGCUGGAAUGCUUAUGGCUGCAACGCCUGUCCAGGUUGUGGUGGGCAGCUUCAUCGCCGAAGGUAAUAAAAAGCCAAAGGAAGAACAGCCGAAGCGCGAGCCAACAUCUGUGCCGAUGCCAACAUCUAUGCCGAUGCAGACUGCUUCUGGCUUUGGUGCAGCAGCCUCUGCUGCUGCAACUCCAUCAGAUGGAACAUCGAGUGACCACUCUGACGACCCAGGGAGCCCUAUAGGACCCAACGGCAGCGCAUUCAACAACGCAGGCCAUCCGACCCACGCUUCAUAUGCUCCGAUUGGCUGGUCACUCUCCGGGAACCAAGGCCGCUACGACCCAGACAUGAAGAUGGUGACCGACUAAUGGCUCUCAAAUUUACAGCAGAUUCAUUUUUAGUAUUUGACAUAGUAGAGUGUAGGGUUCCCUGCACCGGCGCCAGCGAGUCAUUGUCGGCCAAUAAUCCGGUGUGCUAGAGGUAGUCGGAGAGCCUUCCAUGGAAGGCCUGUGGAGCAGUAAUAAGUAGCAUCGUCUUGCCCUGUUAUUGUUGCUUUUAGUUUGUAGUAUCUCUUAUCUGCUUUCGCAAUUAGUAGCUUAUGUUUGGAGUUGUUAUAUCCUAGUCAACGGUUUCUAUUAUCCAUGAAUUUGUGUUUCAGUAUAGUA